AUGGAAUAUGACAAAAAUGUCAAGGACACCCAAGUCGACACUAACUCGACGCCCAGCGAGUCGGCCGAUGCCGUGAUUACCGAGUUCCCGCCUUCGACCGGUCACAUCUACGGCUCCGUAGAGCCGCACGUCUUCUCGCACCCGGCCCGAGCCGAAUAUUGGAGGAAUGUCUAUGACAAUGCAAAGUACGAGUGCAGACACAGGUUCGAUCCGUCGUUCCAGUGGUCUCCUCUGGGUGAAGUUACCGUUAAAAGGAAACUGGACUGGCGAAUCAUGCUCUGGGUUUGGAUUAUGUUCUCGUCCCUCGAUCUCGUCCGUCGCAACAUCAACCGCGCCGUCUCUGACAAUAUGCUCGACGAUAUUGAUGUCAAUACCAAUGACUACAAUACGGGCCAGACCAUUUACUUGGUCAGCUUCCUCGCUGCCGAGCUGCCCGGCGGUCUGAUCAGCAAGAAAGUCGGGCCGUUUCGGUACACGCCCGCUGUCAUUGUUCUUUGGGGCUCACUGUGCAUGACCCAAGCCGCAAUCAAGGCUAGGUGGAGCUUCUGGCUUCUUCGUGCUUUGUUGGGUGUUGCACAGGGAGGGUUCAUCCCAGAAAUGGUUUGGGACCUAUAUAUCCCGCCAGCACUGGCCAUUGCUAACAAUUAUGGGCAGAUCCUGUAUCUCUCGUACUUCUACAAGGGCAACGAACUAGCCGUCCGCUUGAGCAUUUUCUACACUGCUAUCCCGUUGACCCAGAUCUAUGGCAGUCUGCUUGCGGCUGGCCUCCUGGAAAUGCGAGGAGUUCUAGGCUGGGGGGGCUGGCAAUGGCUAUUUCUUAUUGAAGGCCUCAUAUGUGUCCUCAUUGGAAUUGCCGCCUUCUUCGUCAUGCCUCCUUCAAUAACCGAGCCCGCCUUGGCGUUCAAGCGCCCAGACGGUACCAACAAAUGGUGGACGGAAGAGGAGGAAAAAAUCCUCGUCAACCGCCUGCUUCGCGACGACCCAACGAAGGGUGACCUGAAUAACCGUACGGCGGUGACCCUUAGGGGCAUCUGGCAAACACUGUCCAACUUUGACCUGUGGCCCAUCUUCAUCGUUGGUAUUUUUGCUUGGAUUCCCUUCCAGCCGACCUCGAAUUAUCUCUCCCUCAUCCUGCGAGGAAUGGGUUAUACCGUGUUCCAAUCGAACUUGCUGGCCAUCCCCGGCUACGCGCUUUUCGCCAUCAAUGUCGUUGUAUUUGGCCAGAUAUCGUCCAGACUGAAUGAGCGGUUUCUCGUAGCGGCCUGUAGUAAUCUCUGGAUGCUGCCGUUCUUCUGUGCUCUCGUCGCCCUAAAGCCAGACACGAACCCCUGGAUUCGAUAUGCCAUGUUGACUGGCAUCAAUGGAAUCCCUUACACCCAUUCUAUUCUUGUGGGCAUGGUCAGCCAGAAUGCGAAGGCAGUUGGCCGUCGAGCUGUGGCAGCGGCGAUCUACAACAUGACCUACCAAGUAGGCAGCAUCGCCGCCGUCAACAUCUAUCGCGAAGGCGACAAACCCUAUUACUACACUGCAAACAAAGGCCUUAUUGGUCUCUGCGUAGUCAAUAUUGUGCUCUUUGUCCUGGCAAAGCUCUACUACGUGUGGCGAAACCGGGUUUUGGCCAGGCAAUACGUGGAUUUGUCUGAGACCGACAAGGCCCGCUUCUUCGAUGCCCGCUUCGUGCAUUGA